GGCGGGUGACGCCUGUCGCUCCCGAGCCGCGUGGCGCCUCCGCCGCGUCUCCCCUGGACGUCUCCCCACCCCGCUGGCCCUCUGACUCCAGGCUGUCAGCCGCUGCGCCCCUGUGCCAGUCUCACGUAGUGACAUGUGCAGUGUCCAGGAAAAGGGCUAGAAGCCAUCUAAAGCUGAGAAAGGAGGUUCUGUCUUUUUGUGGUUCCAGAACUGGAGAAAAAGAAAAUUGAGACAAUCAGCGGAUUGAAAAGACACCUCUGGGGACCCAGAAAGUUCUUCCACAUGAUUACCUCGUGAUUAUUGAUAACACGUUGACUAUUUUCUGAGUUACUUUGGAUGGAGCAGUACUCCUGCCCCCUAGAGUUUGUCAGUUUAAUUAUUGGAAGGAUGCCUUAGUGGCUUGGAGUUAAAUUAACCACUUACUAAAUCUCCUGGCUGAUUUGUCUCUAUUUUUGUGUUGCCACGGUACUGCCUGCUAGCUGGUUUUUGAUUGAUCCAUUCGAUUCAGAAAACUUCAGUUUUUUAAAUGUGGUAGUUUUAAAGUCCUUACUUUGGUAUACGUGGUAAACAUAUAUACUCUUAAACAUAAACUUGAACUCUGCCCUAUUAAAAUUUUUUGCUAACUGCAUGCUUUCAGAGUCAAAGCAACUAAUGUUUAGUAUCUUAAGACAAAAUGGUUUGCCUUUGUAAUUAACGGUGUCAUUUUCUGUUACAUAUUUUAUUUACAUAUUACAUAGAAAAAAUUAGACUUGUCAUUCUUCAAUCUGGCAGCAUCAGGUUGUCGGAAUAUAUAGCUCAAAAUGUGAUUUAAACUGUAUAAAUAAUGCACUUACUAGUUUCUUAAUGGUAAAAUACCUAAUGGAGUUUUUGAGGAGGUGCAGAAUACUUAACACCAAAGAAACCUUUUCUUAGAAAAGAAAACUGCUUUGGCUUUUAGGAUAAACUUCUUAAUGUUUAGUUUCUUUUGGAAUUGCUUGGUAGUGCAUAUAAGUGCCUAAUUUUAAGAAUACCUACUUUAUUUGGAAUAUAGUGUGCUUAAUGUUUUAUAAAAGCUUAAAACAUGCAUAACCAUCAGAAUGAUGAUGUCGAGUUUAAAAUUUAAUGAGAAUAAAAACACUUUAUUAUGCUAUUUCUUGGCCUAUUAAAAUGGUUAGCGCAAUUAGCAAUUAUAUCUUCUCUGUUCUUUUGUGAGGAGAUAAAGGAAAAUGCCUAAAAAAAAGACUGGUGCGAGGAAGAAGGCUGAGAACCGCCGGGAACGUGAAAAGCAACUAAGAGCAUCAAGAAAUACUAUAGAUUUAGCUAAACACCCAUGUAAUGCUUCAAUGGAAUGUGACAAGUGUCAAAGGCGGCAGAAGAAUAGAGCAUUUUGCUAUUUUUGUAAUUCUGUACAGAAGUUACCAAUUUGUGCACAGUGUGGGAAAACAAAGUGCAUGAUGAAAUCUUCAGACUGUGUCAUAAAGCAUGCUGGUGUAUAUAGUACUGGCCUUGCAAUGGUGGGUGCCAUAUGUGACUUCUGUGAAGCUUGGGUUUGCCAUGGUAGGAAAUGUCUCAGUACACACGCCUGUGUCUGCCCUCUUACUGAUGCUGAAUGUGUUGAAUGUGAACGAGGUGUAUGGGACCACGGAGGCAGAAUAUUCAGUUGCUCUUUUUGCCAUAACUUUCUCUGCGAAGAUGAUCAAUUUGAGCAUCAAGCCAGCUGCCAGGUUUUAGAGGCAGAAACAUUUAAAUGUGUUUCAUGCAAUCGGCUUGGUCAGCAUUCGUGUCUCCGUUGUAAGGCUUGUUUCUGUGAUGAUCAUACAAGGAGCAAGGUGUUUAAGCAAGAAAAAGGAAAACAGCCUCCUUGUCCUAAAUGUGGACAUGAAACUCAGGAGACUAAGGAUCUUAGCAUGUCAACACGGUCCCUGAAAUUUGGCCGGCAGACUGGAGUUGAGGAGGGAGAUGGAGCUUCUGGCUAUGAUGCUUAUUGGAAGAACCUUUCAUCUGACAAGUAUGGUGAUGCUGGGUACCACGAUGAGGAGGAGGAUGAGUAUGAGGCAGAGGAUGAUGAAGAGGAAGAGGAAGAAGGCAGAAAGGAUUCAGAUGUUGAGUCAUCAGAUUUGUUUACUAACUUGAAUUUAGGAAGGACCUAUGCCAGUGGCUAUGCGCACUAUGAAGAACAAGACAACUAGGAGAGCUGCUUGCCCACUGGUAGUCAUGCGUGAGAGGAUCAGGAAUGGGUGUGGUUGAUGACAUAAGUGUGUGGGUGUGGAUAUUUAAAAGUAUCAUUGCUGACCCUUGUGUGAUGGUAGUUACGAGGAGUAGGGCAUAGCAUUUUUAUAGGAACCAGUAAUCAAGCUUGUAUCAUAUGAAGAAUGAAUUUCAAAUGUAAGUUGUAUAUUGAUCCAAGCAAUUGAAGCAUCAUGGAGUUGGAUUGUUAACUGAUUUCAGUAAUCUAGUUGCCAAGAUUACUGAAAAUUUUGCCAAUUAGAUACAUAUAUAUAGGAAAAAGGAACAGGAUGGUAAUUUAUUUGUUGGAAAUGAAAUUACUGUUUUUAUUAAAAAAUAUUGCUUACAAA